AUGCCCCAGCACCUUGUGCUUCGUGAUGCUGCCCAGGCAGACUCUGUAGUGGCCUGCUGCCCCCUCUACCUCAAGGGCCAUUCAUAUGGGUAUAGUUGCGUACCCUUCACGCCCGUGCCAGGCCCACGAUUGCUGGUCAAACCGGGGCCCUACAAGGAAAACAUCACCAGGGCACUCAUGCAAACUCUGUACCAGGUGGCAGAGGGCAUGAACGUCUCCUCCCUGCACCUCACAUUCUGCACCCAGGAGGAAAGCAUGUGCAUGGCGGGAAGAGCAGGCGGACAGUACCUGCACCGGACAGGGAUCCAGUACCAUUUCCAAAACAAGGGCUACAGCACCUUUGAGGCGUACCUGGCCGACCUCCGGCAGUCCAAACGCAAGGCAGAGCGAAAGAGGGCGCGGGAGGGCGGCAUCCAUGUGAGCCGGCUGACGGGGGCUGACCUGCGUCCCAGCCACUGGGAUGCAUUUUACGAGUUCUACCUGGACACAUCGUCCCGGAAGUGGGGCACCCCCUACCUCACCCGCGACUUCUUCCACCGGCUGGGUGAGGCCAUGCCAGACCAGGUGGUGCUCGUGAUGGCGCAGCAAGGCGGGCGGUACAUUGCUGGCGCGCUGAAUAUGCAGGGCAGCCACACCCUGUACGGGCGGAACUGGGGUGCGCUGGGGGGUGGCGACGCUCACAAAUUCCUCCACUUUGAGCUCUGCUACUAUCAGGCCAUUGAGCAUGCCAUCGCUGCUGGGCUCGACAGAGUGGAGGCUGGAGCCCAAGGCGAGCACAAGAUCCAGAGGGGCUACACCCCAUCCCUGACACACUCGUGCCACUACAUCUGCAACCCAGACUUCAGGAGCAUUGUCGAGAACUUCUUGCACAGGGAGAGGGCUGGCGUGGAAUUUACCAUGCGAGAGCUCGCAAUGGCAUCGCCAUUCCGUGAAGUCCCCGGUCUGCCCCAUGUAUGA